CACACAGACAUGGACUCACUCAUGUUACACAAUGUAAGUCAACUUUUGAAAUGUCUGGGAGCAAACAAUUAACACUCUACCUGCUCAAGAUGUUGUCGGAAGAUGUCUGGAACAGAAUGUGAACGUCUAAACUUUCAGCAAGUUGCACGGCGAGUACUGCGAGCAGCAGCGUGUCACUGCCACACAAAGAAGCAUCAGCCGGCAGAACAGAGCUGAAGCACUGCGAACCAGACGUUCUUUCCCCGGUAUCCCUUGUGCGUUUAUUCAGUCAAGAGGCGGACUCAUGAUUCGGAAGGGGUUUCGGGUUUUUUUGCUCGGUGUUGCAUGGACAGUUGGCUAUCUAAUCGUAUGUGAUUAUGUCUGAUCCAAGUUACUGGAGCGCUGUGCCUGGAAGCAGCAAAGCUAAUUUUGUGAGGGGUGCGAUGCUCAAGCGAUCCAAAAGUUGCCGUAGCAGUAAUAGGAAGAGCCUUGGUGUAGGAACACCGUCACCCACCCGGCCUCUCUCACCUCUCUCUGCCCACACAGUUGCCAGCAGCCCUCUAGACAGCCCACGAAAUGUGUCCACUGCUAUUUGCUCACUCAACUUCCCUUUCGCCCGCAGCCACCUGGCUCGAGCUGACAGAGCGGAAGGUAGACGGUGGUCUUUGGCUUCCCUUCCAUCAUCAGGUUAUGGUACCAACCCCCCCAGUUCAACCGUCUCAUCUUCAUCCUCAUCUCAAGAACGACUCCACCAGCUUCCAUACCAACCCACACAGGACGAACUUCAUUUUCUGUUCAAACACUUCCGAAGUUCGGAGAGCAUGACUGAGGAAGAUGGGCGGCCCUCAACAUUUAUACGGCCCCGGUCACGUAGCCUUAGCCCUGGACGAACAGGUGGCUCAUUUGAUAAUGAAAUUGUAAUGAUGAACCAUGUCUAUAAGGAGCGCUUUCCAAAGGCCACUGCACAGAUGGAGGAGCAUUUGCUGGACAUCAUCAGACAGUGUUCCUCGGACAGCACCCUCCCAUUGGGUGAUGGAGUCCUUGGGUUUAUCCAGCACCAGCUGGUGGAGCUUGUCAGAGACUGUCUGGAUAAAUCCCAGAAAGGCCUGAUCACAUCCCUGUACUUCAUCGAGCUGCAGGAUAAACUAGAAAAACUGCUGUAUGAGGCUCUGGAGCGCUCUGAGAGUGAGGAGGUUUCUGUUAUCACCCAAAUGGUGAAGAAGAUUCUCAUCAUCAUCUCACGCCCUGCACGACUGCUCGAGUGUCUGGAGUUUGACCCUGAAGAGUUUUAUCAUCUACUAGAGGCUGCAGAAGGUCACGCUAAGGUCGGCCAGGGUAUCAAAACGGAUAUUCCUCGAUAUAUAAUCAGCCAGCUUGGGCUCAACCGAGAUCCCCUUGAUGAAGUUGUUCAGCUAGAAGAGCAGUAUGAUUCAGGCCCCACACUGACUGUUGAUUUAGAAGAAUCUGUAGAGCAGAAUAAAUCAUUACCCACACCAUCACGAAGGAAACCACUGGAGAGUGAUUUUGAGACCAUAAAACUCAUCAGUAAUGGGGCUUAUGGGGCUGUGCAUCUGGUAAGGCAUAAAGAAACUCGCCAACGAUUUGCCAUGAAAAAGAUCAAUCGACAGAACCUGAUUCUGCGGAACCAGAUCCAGCAGGUGUUUGUGGAGCGUGACAUACUGACGUUUGCAGAGAACCCUUUUGUAGUUAGCAUGUUCUGCUCUUUCGAGACACGGAGGCACCUGUGCAUGGUUAUGGAGUAUGUGGAAGGUGGAGACUGUGCCAAUCUGCUGAAAAACAUGGGCCCACUUCCUGUGGAUAUGACCAGGAUGUACUUCGCGGAAACGGUUCUGGCACUGGAGUACCUCCACAGUUAUGGCAUUGUGCACAGGGAUCUCAAACCAGACAACCUCUUGAUUACUUCGAUGGGACAUAUUAAACUCACUGAUUUUGGGCUCUCUAAAAUCGGCCUCAUGAACAUGACCACCAAUCUGUACGAAGGCCACAUUGAGAAGGACACCAGGGAGUUCAUCGACAAGCAGGUUUGUGGCACUCCAGAGUACAUUGCUCCGGAAGUGAUCUUGAGGCAGGGCUAUGGGAAACCUGUGGACUGGUGGGCUAUGGGCAUCAUUCUGUAUGAGUUCCUGGUUGGAUGUGUUCCAUUCUUCGGAGACACACCUGAAGAGCUUUUUGGGCAGGUGGUGAGUGAUGAGAUUAUCUGGCCAGAUGGAGAUGAUGCCCUUCCUGUAGACGCCCAGGACAUGAUCACACGAUUACUGAAACAAAGCCCACUUGAGAGACUUGGAACAGGUGGUGCUUCAGAGGUAAAGCAGCAUAUGUUCUUCAAUGGUCUGGACUGGAACGGACUCCUGCGUCAGAAAGCUGAAUUCAUCCCUCAGCUGGAGGCAGAAGAUGACACUAGUUAUUUUGACACACGAUCUGAACGCUACCAUCAUUUGGCCUCUGAUGAGGAUGAUGAAACUAAUGACGAAGAGUCUUCCCUCGAAAUACGACAAUUUUCAUCUUGGUCAAAUCGCUUCAGCAAGGUUUACAGUAGCACGGAGCACCUGGCCACCCCAUCCAACCUAAGUUUCUCCUCUGACCGGAGUCACAGUGAAGAGAUAGAGGACCGGGCAGAAGGAAGAGAAACUCACUCCCCUGGAGAGAUCCAACGCCAGGCAUCCACUGGUGACAGGAGGCUGUCUGCACAGAGGGCAUGCCUGCGUCCUCGAACUUCCUCUAGCUCCUCUCAGCCUGAGCGUGCCGUGAGCCCCCUAGUGGUGAGCAGCACACACAGCCUGGAGGCCAUGCCUCGAUUCACCCUGUCCACAGAUGAUGAGGCUGAAGUCGUCGUAACCAACCUGCGGCGAAUCAGACUACGUAGCAACAGCACUGGAACAAAACACUCGUCGCCAAGGGAACAAGGGAGUCCUCAGUGCUUUGGGAAUCAACUGGAGACGCCUGACAGGCAGCACCUCUCACCAGGACGCAAAGUCCCCAAGUCUGCUUCAGUGUCCACUCUCUCACUCAUCAUCACGCCAGAUGAAGGAAGUGGCAGUCUGCAGGCUCGAUCCAUUUACCCUCGAUCGAUUUCUUCUAACCCAUCAUCCCGAGACUCCUCCCCCAACCGAGAUCUGUCCCUCAGCAUUAGCAGGCUUCGCCCACCCAUCAUCAUCCACAGCUCUGGGAAGAAAUAUGGCUUCACCCUGCAGACCAUUCGUGUUUACAUGGGGACCAGUGACAUCUACACCAUACACCAUAUGGUCUCGGGUGUGGAGGAGAGCAGCCCUGCCCAUGAGGCUGGCCUGCGAGCUGGAGAUCUGAUCACUCAUGUGAAUGGAGAGUCUGUGCAGGGUCUCGUGCACACAGAGAUGAUGGAGCUUCUGUUGAAGAGUGGGAACCAGGUCUCCCUGCAGACCAUUGCCCUGGAGGACACAUCCAUAAAGAUUGGGCCAGCACGUAAGAGCAGCUGUAAGGGAAAGAUGGCUCGACGCAGCAAGAGAAGCAAGUGGAAGGACAAUCAGGACCGGAGGCGUGGUAUGCUGAAGAAGCUGUCUAAACAAAGCACUGUCAUGCAUAGUAGCCGGAGUUUCUCCUCUGGGCUGCAUCACUCUGUGUCCUCCAGUGAGAGUUUGCCGGGGUCUCCCACGCACAGCCUUUCUUCUGGACCCACUACACCCUGCCGAAGCCCUGUCCCAGAUCACCCCACUGAUGCCAGCGUCCCCCUGAACACCUCUCCAUGCUCCAGCUCCCCAAGUUCACCGGCAGUCCAGAUGCGACCCAGCUCUCUGCACGGCCUCGGGUCUAAACUCGGCAACCAGCGCUACACUAAGGUGGGAAGACGGAAGUCCACCAGUAGCAUCCCACCCUCUCCUUUGGCCUGCACUUCCUCACCACAGGCCCUGUCCCCCCAGCGCUCCUCCUCUCCCUUACCCAGCAUCUCCAAAACUCUCCACCACUCUUUCCACGGCAAGACUAUAUCUCCCCCCACCAUCAUUCGGCACGUGGUCAGACCUCGAAGUGCAGAACCUCCCCGUUCCCCUCUGUUGAAGAGAGUCCAGUCUGCAGAGAAACUCUCGGGGGCUUUAUUCGCUGACAAAAAAAACCCACGCAGACACACUCUGGAGGUCCCCCAUUGUGAGGUGGACGUUCCAGGGGAUUUUGAGGGCGAGGGGCCGGUAUAUACAGCAGAUCACGGCAGGCUGGGUGGGUACCUGUGUGUGCAGAGAUUGCGGGACUGGCCUGGUGAGCGUAUGGAACAGAUUGUCAUAAUGCGCAAGCUGAAUCUUUCAGAGCGCCGAGAUUCCUUCAAGAAACAGGAAGCUGUGCAAGAAGUGAGCUUUGACGAGCCAGAUGACAGAGCUCCCCAGAUCCCUGCUCAGACAGUCACGUCAGCUGGCGCGCGGCCCAAGCAGGCAGAGCGGAUGAUUGGUGAAAUGCAAUCAGAGGACGAUAGUGUGGCGAGGAGAAAUCCGCUGGUUCCUCAGAUCGCUGUGCAAGGAUCAGAAAGCGAAGAGGCUGAUGACUGGAGGCUUUGCUCAGAUGAGGAGGAGGAGGAAGAAGACGCAGAGGAAAAGGAAAGCAUCUCGCGUACUCCGAGUCAGGGUGACCCUCAGGCUGACUGCACUGCCACACACCUCAACAGCUGCGCAUGAAGCCACUGAGACGAAUGCAGAUACAUCAAAGCAAGAAAAGAAGCAUCAGAGUCAAGAGAAAGGCAAACUGAAAAAGAUAAAUGAAGGAGAGCUUCAUCUGCACUGGCUUCUCGGAGCAUCUGCUGAGAUGUUUGGAUCUCGGAAUUCAAAGAAUGGAGUUAAUGUAUUACAGUAUGUUAAAGGAAUAGUUCUCCCAAGAAGGAAAAUUCUGUCAUUAUUUACUCAGUCAAUGGUGACAUUAUUAUUUUUUUUGGGGAAGGUAUUUAUUUAAUGAGUAAGCUAGUCUUAUACAGGGAGUAUUUAUGCUUUUUUUUUUAUUUAUUUAUGAUGCACAUUUGAGAGGUACUGUUGGCCAAAACAAGAAAAAACAUGUUGACUACAUUUUUCUCACCUUCUGUGUACCUGCUGAGGAGAGAAAUUGAAUGAUUAGAUUUUUCUAUGAAAAUGUAUGAAAACUUCAAGCUUUGAAACCAUUUCAUCCUCCAAGAGUUCAAGCUCUUAAUUUUUUUACACCAAAUUAAUGUCGAUUUUAAAAGCUACUAACUCAAAUGAUGCUUGAAUGAAAUUGUCAUGUGGCCCUUUUUAUGUAUAAUUACACAGAAUCUCAAAGAAAUGCCAGAGCAUGUCAUUUUAAAUCAUCUAUGCCUAUGAAUAACGGACUGUGUGUUUACCGUUAGGUUUUUAACUGUGGGAACCCCACAGAUCACUUGAGAUCUCAUUUGUAGUGCAUGUUGGUCAGUCUGAAAAAGUUUUUUUGUUUUUUUGUCUACAUGAAUUUGAUGCUUCAACCCAAAUAUUCGUAGUUUUACUCCGUUUAAAUGUAUUAAAUGUAUUAAAUUGUUUUUUAUUUUAGAUUAUUAUUUUAAAAUUAAAGUCCUUCCAGAAUGCUCAGUUCUUAGUGAUAAGUCUGACAUUGCUAUGAAUUUAGCAGUCCCUUUUCUUACUAGAUUUAUUACAUUUGUUUUGUCUUUUUUUACUAGCAUCCAAAGUUUUCAUCUUGUUCAACAUGAAUAGGUAACCAAUUUUAUAGCUAAAACUUUUCACAGAUAAUUUUUUUUUCACCAUGUUCCCACAGGUUGGUGUUUUUUUUUUUUUUUUUUUAGUUUGUUUUUUUGUCUUUCCAAAUAGUCUGUUGUUUUAAUCUAUCAAUGUGUUUGGAUGUGCUCAGCCACAACUAAAUUAUAACAAUUGUUUGGAUGUCAUUAGCAGCAUACAUUAUACUAUUGUAAUCUCAGAAUUCAUUAUGUCACUAACCACAAAGUUUUCCAUGGACUGUUGGCCAAUAGCAAGUUCUUGCAAUCAUUUGUACCUGGAAUAAUGUUUACAUUUUUUAUAAAUGUGGAUUUCUACUAUGCGAAAGGGAACUGUAUGGACUGUUUUUAACAUAUGUUGACUAAUGUAAUGGCAAAUCUGUGCAGCACUGGAGUCAGGAGGCUUUAGGUAGAAACUGUUGUGUUAAAGUUUGGACUGAUGAUAUCAUUGUUAAUGGGCUUAUCCCACUAACACUGCACACAUCAUACUGGAUGUUAAUGGGCUGAUCUCACUAACACUGCACACAUCAUACUGGAUGUUAAUGGGCUGAUCUCACUAACACUGCACACAUCAGACUGGAUGUUAAUGGGCUGAUCUCACUAACACUGCACACAUCAGACUGGAUGUUAAUGGGCUGAUCUCACUAACACUGCACACAUCAGACUGGAUGUUAAUGGGCUGAUCUCACUAACACUGCACACAUCAGACUGGAUGUUAAUGGGCUGAUCUCACUAACACUGCACACAUCAGACUGGAUGUUAAUGGGCUGAUCUCACUAACACUGCACACAUCAGACUGGAUGGUUUCAUGUGUUUUUAUGCAUGACCUUCCUCCAAAACACAGAUGGUUAUUAAUUAUAGGGAUGGAGUUUUUUUGUUUGUAUUUUUUUACUUUAUUACUAAUGUUUUUGUUUAUUUUGGCCUUUUAUGCAAGUGGGCCAGAAAAUAUAGGACAGUGUUUUAUUGCAUACAUUGUUAGAAAUUGCAUGAAAACGUGCAACAGUUAAUUGGAUGUUGAUUUGUUUGAACUUCGUUGAUACUGUUUAUUUAUAUUGGAACUUCAGAGGAACAGCACAUUUACAAGUUAACAAGUUAAAGGAAACAUUUCUCUCUGUUUUAUUUGUUUUUAAUUGCAACCACUUUGUGACUCUGCGCUACUUUAUGCAUCAGGCUACUGUAUCCGGUGCUAUUGAAAUUGUUAGCAUUCCAUGUGUGACAGAAAUUGGUAUAAAUUUCAAUAGGUUGUAUUUUUUUUUCUCCUUUUUUUGGAAUGUCAGCCAACCGAUUGCAUGCUGCAUGUUCAGUUAAUACACAGUAAGCGUUGGCAUGGCAACCUGAAUGCAAUAUGUGUUUAAUGGUCAACUAUAAACAAGAUUUUACAGUACAGUAAGACAGUAAUUCUAUUAAAAGCUAAAUGUCAUGCAGACCCUGUUGUGACAUCUUAUCCCUCUGUAAUUACAGACUUUAAAUUUUGUGGAUGAUGUGUUUGCUGUCUCCAAACAUGUUGUGUGGAACCCAAAGCCACCCUUAAACCUGUUUAGACGAGACAGGGUGACUGCACUUCUGUUACAUUCACACUAGAGCUUUACAGGACAGAACAUGUAUCAUCUUUAUAUCCUGUUGUGCUGAUGUUUUUCUUCCAUUUUUCCAGAAUUGUCAGAGUUCUUGAAUCAUGGUUUGUGUUUGUAAAAAAAAAAAAAAACCUUUAUAAAUAUUUUUUAAUGUUGUUAUUACUGUUUGUCUCAUGAUGUUUUGUAAUAAAGCAUUCACUGGUUGUGAGGGAAGAUCACUGAUUACUUGUACAGGAUGGGUUUGUUUUUGAAAGUCGGUUUCGGUGUAUGCUCAUUUUCUAUCAUGGCUACAAAAAAAAUCCAAUUGAAUUGUAUAUUUAGUGGCUAAAUUUCGCACUGUAUGAGAACCACAAGAAAAUCAUGAAACGUCAAAAAUAUAAAACCAUUGUUGAUGAAUAUUGCAAUUAAUAAAUUUACAUUUGCCU